CAUAAUUAUUCUUUCAUUUUAGCUCACAACUACUCUCUCUCUCUCAUCAACUUUCCUCUUCUGCUCUAUUCUCUUCUUCUACUUCAAUUUUCCCUCUCUGAAUUCACUUCACUCCAAUUCAAUUCAACCCAAAUUCUCGCGCAUUUUCAUCAAUCUCUUCUUCAUCUCGAUCCCUCCACUAUCCAUCCUUCAUUUUCCCGCUAAAGUUAAACGGUUACACAUCCCGCGUUGAGCUUCCCCAAUUCGGCGAGCUAGGGUUUCCGCCGGAUAUCGAUUCUCGCCGGGAUUCUGUCGAAGUGACAUAAUCGCCGGCAACAAUGGCUACCGACUUGCAGAUGAACCCUCAGGUGGAGCAGAUCCACGGCCAAAUUCGCGAUCACUUUCGAGCUCUCGCUUGGUAAACUUGUAAGAGGCGAGUCUAUGAGGAUUUCAUGUAAACUCUUGAGUAGAGGAGGAAGAAGGGCGAACCUCUCCAGACUUUUCUUAAAUAAGCCUUGUCUCUUCUAUGAUAAUCAAGGUUCAUGCUUGAUUUAAAGAAAUGGCUUCCAGAAGCUGGACAAGAUUAAAGAUUCCAAUAGACAAAGUAAUCAGCUGGAAGAGCUCACGGGGAAGAUGAGAGAGUGCAAAGGUUUGAUAAAAGAAUUUGAUCGUGAAAUUAAAGAUGAAGAGGGCAGAAAUACCCCAGAAGUGAACAAACAACUAAAUGAUGAAAAGCAAUCAAUGAUCAAGGAACUAAACUCAUAUGUUGCAUUGAGAAAAACGUACAUGAGUACCAUUGGCAAUAAGAAAGCUGAACUUUUUGACACGGGAGCAGGACCAAGUGAACCCAUGGCUGAAGAAAAUGUUCAAUUGGCAUCAAAAAUGUCAAAUCAAGAACUUAUCAAUACUGGGAUGAAAACGAUGGAUGAAACUGAUCAGGCUAUAGAAAGAUCUAAGCAGGUUGUACAUCAAACAAUUGAAGUAGGUACCUCAACUGCCACCACCUUGAAAGGCCAAACUGACCAGAUGGGUCGUAUUGUUAACGAGCUUGAUUCAAUUCAGUUCUCAAUUAAGAAAGCCUCCCAGCUUGUGAAAGAGAUUGGAAGAAAGGUAGCUACCGAUAAGUGCAUCAUGCUUUUUCUGUUCCUUAUUGUGUGCGGUGUAGUUGCCAUCAUUGUUGUAAAGAUUGUGAAUCCACACAACAAAGAUAUUAGAGAUAUCCCAGGAUUGGCGCCUCCUGUUCCAACCAGGAGGCUUUUGUAUGUUAGAACUGAAAAACAUUUUGAUUAAUUCUUAUAUCUUACAAGAGUUUUCUCCGUCCUCAUGCCAUCACCUUGAGUCUUUGUUAUCUUGGAUGACAUGAAAGUUGAAGUAAUGUUUUAUCAGGGCAUCUUUCGGAAAUCAUCAAUCAAUUUUAAAUUAAAAUUUUUCAUGCCUGAGCUGUGUAUAUCCCUGUAUGUGGUUCUAUGUAUAUCAAUCACACUGAGCGUCGUUUGCUUUUUUUAGUGCCUUGUUGCUCUGUAACAUUUUAAACAUUGUUGGUCUAGAAUGAAUAUAGUACUGUAUUAUGGGACCUAUGCUUUACAAGUCCCAUUCAAAUGAGGCUUUUCCCUCCUUUUUUUUAUUUAAUUUUUUUUUUAAUUUGAUGUAUGUAAUCAUUCAAGCAUAUACAUCAAUUAGGUUUUGAUGCAUCGGGUGUAUAAAAUUAUAUCCAUUAUUGUUUUAAUAUGAAACUUUGCUAUCUCAUUUUGAUAUAAAUAGAAAUAUGGGAUUUAAAUAUUAUAAGUAUUUGAAAAUCAAUUUGAGACACCUAAAUUUGAUAAUUCUUUUUGUAGAAAUAGACUUUAUAUUUUUUGAAAUGAUGAAGAAUUACAUAGGCUCUGUAUACAGAAUACAGAGGGCAUAAAUUUAAACAAAAAUCUAGCCUAAAAAUCAGUUAG